GUUGCAGUUUUCUGAAUUUAUGUGGAAUGAUGUGUGUGGGAGACAAAUACACAUUGAUCCAGAACUUAAUGUUCUGGAGGUCCAUCCCCAUCAAAGACGUUUAUGAGGCUUGCACAGACAUUUUGCAGAGAGAAGGUCUUGGGGGAUGUACACUUAACUUUGUUAACCAUGAUUUCUCCCAGGAGUGGGAUGGUGAGAGAGAAAAAGGACUUUCGCUUUUAUUUUAUGAUUUCCUAACCAUUUCCCUUUUUUACAAAGACCAUACAUAGUUUCUACAAGAAAAAGAAAGGAAAUGUCUUCGUGUUGUGUAAAAGUACUCUGUACUUGCCUAUAUCUAGAAUGACAUUCAACUUUCAGUACAUUACAGAAUCUACUGUUUUUAGAAAUAAAUACAAUUCCUAUCCAUUUUAGCAUCUUGAUUUCUUCCUCUUAUUAAAAAAAAGAGAAGUAUCUGAUCUUGUACAUAAUUUGUUAUGACAGCACUGUUACUUAAAAUACAGCAAUUAUGCAGCCCCUUAAUUUGAAUUCCAUUUUACAGGUGCCCAUGACCUCACGGACAAACUGAAGGCAUAACGUUAAAAUCGUAUACCGUAAAUUAAUUACUCUGGUUACAAUAAAGAACGUAGAUAGUAGAUAUCUGAACAAACAAAACCUUAAUAGCUAAUUAGCAUAUAUCCUUCGAUUUGAACUUCACAAGUCUUGUCUUGCUUCGCGUAACUUUCCGGGUCCCGGGAGGCUUGCGGCGCCGGGGCUCCAAGUUCGGCGGGAGGCGCAGGGCGGGGCUUCCUCCCGCCGACUCCGGACCCAGCUCUACUUCUCCGAGUCCACGUCUCUUCCUCUGGACAGGCGUGUUUCUUCAGGUCCGGCCCAGCCAACGUGACAGCCGCAAACCUUUAAAAAGGAGUUUCGGCGUCUCUUCGAGGAUCUCCCACGGCCAGCGCUGCCCGGGCCGGCUCGGCCAAGCCCCUCGCGGACUGCAGCGCGCGGCUCCUCCGGGCCGGGACCGCCGAACGCCUCGCUCUUCGGCCCCCCCUCGCGGCGCCGAGCGCCGCAUCCCCGGCAUGGAGACCGGCUCGGACUCAGGUCAGAGGCCGCUCCGCGCGCGGCGGGGAGGGUAGGCCCGGCCGGCCGCCCGCGCGAGCUGCCGCGUGCCGGGUCCGCGCGGGGAGCGCCGGCGGGGCGGGUGGCGACAGGUGGGCAGGACGAGCCGCGAGCGAGGGCGGGCGGGCGGGCGCGCGAGGCCCGGCGGGGGGGCCGCCGGGAGGAUGGCUCAGCUCUUUCUAAAUAUAAAGCCGGCGUGAGCUGGGCGAGCGCGGCGCGGAGUCGCAGAGCCGGCGCGCGGGGACUCGGCCGCACAGACGGCGGCUGCGGCUCCGCAGAGGCGCAAGGCUACGGGAGGCGGCGAAGAGCGACGCUCGCACGCGGAGGACGCAGGCGGCGGGCGGGCCUCGGGGGCGCAGCGCGGACCGCUCCGAGUGACCCGCGGCGGCUCCCCUCCCCUGCCGCACCGAUAACCGCGAGCCCCCUGUCCGCGCCCGCCCUCCCUCGGCCCCUCCUUCACUCCCUCCCUGGCGCAACAUGGCUGCGGCCGCCGCCUCCGCCUCCCAGGAUGAGCUGAAUUCUUUAUACAAUUGCGUAUGUACGAGUGGAUGAACAAACCAUUGGUGAUCCAGAGGAUUUUUAUCAAGAUUGGAUAAACCAUGUAUCACAUUGAUUGUAGAGAUCAGCUUGAACGGGUCUUUUUGAGACUUGGCCAUGCUGAAACAGAUGAACAAUUACAGAAUAUUAUAUCUAAAUUUCUUCCUCCUGUUUUACUCAAAUUAUCCAGCACCCAAGAAGGAGUACGCAAAAAGGUGAUGGAACUGCUGGUCCAUCUGAAUAAACGGAUAAAAAGCCGCCCCAAAAUUCAACUCCCAGUAGAGACACUGUUGGUUCAGUACCAGGACCCUGCUGCAGUUUCAUUUGUCACAAAUUUUACUAUAAUUUACGUUAAAAUGGGCUAUCCUCGCCUACCCGUGGAAAAACAAUGUGAACUGGCCCCCACGCUUCUUACUGCAAUGGAAGGGAAGCCUCAGCCGCAGCAGGAUAGCUUAAUGCAUCUUUUAAUACCAACCCUUUUUCACAUGAAAUACCCUGUUGAAUCAUCAAAAUCAGCUUCUCCAUUUAAUCUUGCUGAGAAACCAAAGACUGUGCAGCUGCUUUUGGACUUUAUGCUAGAUGUCCUGCUGAUGCCUUAUGGAUAUGUGUUAAAUGAAUCCCAGAGUCGCCAAAAUUCGUCUUCAGCACAGGGUUCUUCUUCAAACAGUGGGGGAGGUUCUGGAAUCCCACAGCCUCCCCCAGGAAUGAGCUUUUAUGCUGCUAAACGAGUUAUUGGUGAUAACCCUUGGACACCUGAACAGUUGGAACAGUGCAAAUUGGGCAUAGUGAAAUUCAUAGAAGCUGAACAGGUACCUGAACUCGAAGCUGUUCUCCACUUGGUGAUUGCCUCUAGUGACACACGCCACAGUGUGGCAACAGCAGCAGACCUGGAAUUGAAGAGCAAGCAGAGCUUAAUUGACUGGAAUAAUCCUGCCAUCAUUAAUAAGAUGUAUAAGGUAUACCUUGGUGAUAUACCACUGAAGACAAAAGAGGGAGCAGUCCUGAAGCCAGAGUUGAAAAGGGACCCUGUCAGCACAAGAGUCAAGUUAAAAAUUGUCCCUCAUCUCCUCCGUUCUAGACAAGCUGCUGAAACGUUCCCAGCUAACAUUCAGGUGGUGUAUGAUGGACUUUUUGGUACAAAUACAAAUUCAAAGUUAAGAACAUUAUCCCUGCAAUUUGUGCAUCACAUUUGUUUAACUUGUCCAGAAAUCAAGAUUAAGCCAUUAGGUCCAAUGCUUUUGAAUGGCCUCACUAAGCUGAUCAAUGAAUAUAAAGAAGACCCUAAACUACUGUCAAUGGCAUAUUCAGCUGUUGGAAAACUCUCCAGUCGAAUGCCCCAUUUAUUCACUAAGGAUAUAGCUCUUGUGCAGCAGCUUUUUGAAGCCCUGUGCAAGGAAGAGCCUGAGACUCGACUUGCUAUUCAGGAAGCAUUAUCUAUGAUGGUUGGAGCUUACAGCGCUUUGGAAGGAGCACAGCGAACCCUCAUGGAGGCACUUGUGGCGUCAUACUUAAUAAAGCCUGAAGUUCAAGUUCGACAGGUGGCUGUGAAAUUUGCCAGCACAGUAUUUCCUUCAGAUCAUAUACCUUCCAGAUAUUUGCUCCUUUUGGCUGCAGGAGAUCCGCGAGAAGAAGUUCAUGGAGAAGCACAGCGAGUAUUACGGUGUCUUCCUGGUCGAAGCAGAAAAGAAAGUGCUUCUGAGCAAAUGCCUUCUUUCCCAGAAAUGGUAUAUUAUAUCCAAGAAAAGGCUUCCCAUCGAAUGAAAACUCCAGUCAAAUACAUGACUGGGACCACUGUCCUUCCAUUUAACCCGGCAGCCUUUGGAGAGAUAGUUUUGUACCUGCGCAUGUGUCUAGCUCACAGUGCGGGGGUGGUGCCCACCUCUCAGAGUUUGGCAGAUAUGCAAGAUCACGCCCCAGCCAUUGGACGCUACAUACGGACUUUAAUGUCAGGCAGCCAGGUGACAUCUUCAUCAUCUACUAAGAGUGGGGAAGCCAACCCUGUUCAGAUUUACAUCGGCCUGCUGCAGCAGCUCUUGGCAGGUGUUGGAGGCUUGCCAGUUAUGUACUGUCUGUUAGAAGCCGUGUCGGUGUAUCCAGAAAAACUGGCUACCAAAUUUGUAGACAAAACAGAAUGGAUAAAGAGUCUGAUGAACAGCAGUAAAGAAGAAAUGCGUGAACUGGCAGCAUUGUUUUAUUCUGUGGUGGUGUCAACAGUGUCGGGAAAUGAGUUGAAGUCAAUGAUAGAACAACUUAUAAAGACUACAAAAGAUAAUCAUAGCCCAGAGAUACAGCAUGGAUCCCUGCUUGCAUUGGGAUUCACAGUGGGAAGGUAUUUGGCUAAAAAGAAAAUGAGAAUUGUGGAGCAGCAAGACCUGGAGAGAAAUGCUGAUUUCCUACCUGAACAAGAGGAACUCAUCCAGAGGGCCACAGAAACAAUAGGCUCAUUUUUGGAUAGUACAUCUCCCCUCCUGGCAAUUGCUGCCUGUACAGCCCUGGGUGAAAUUGGAAGAAAUGGUCCUCUCCCAAUCCCAAGUGAGGGAUCUGGCUUUUCCAAAUUGCAUCUGGUAGAAAGUUUACUAAAUAGAAUACCUUCCAGUAAAGAAACAAAUAAGAUGAAAGAACGAGCAAUCCAAACACUGGGGUAUUUUCCAGUUGGGGAUGGAAAUUUUCCUCACCAGAAACUCCUCUUGCAAGGUCUGAUGGAUUCUGUGGAGGCCAAGCAGAUAGAACUUCAGUUCACCAUCGGCGAAGCCAUUACCAGUGCUGCAAUAGGGACCAGCUCUGUGGCUGCCCGGGAUGCCUGGCUAGUGACUGAAGAAGAGUACACUCCUCUUGCUGGAGCCAAAGUGAAUGAUGUGGUCCCAUGGGUGCUGGAUGUGAUUCUGAAUAAACAUAUCAUCAGCCCCAAUCCACACGUGAGGCAGGCAGCCUGCAUCUGGCUCCUUUCCCUUGUGAGGAAGCUAAGUACCCACAAAGAGGUGAAGUCUCAUCUUAAAGAAAUUCAAAGUGCAUUUGUUUCAAUUCUAUCAGAAAAUGAUGAGCUUAGCCAAGAUGUUGCCUCAAAAGGCCUUGGGUUGGUUUAUGAACUAGGCAAUGAACAAGAUCAACAAGAAUUGGUUUCUACACUUGUUGAAACACUUAUGACUGGGAAAAGAAUUAAACAUGAGGUUUCUGGAGAGACAGUGGUAUUUCAAGGGGGAACUCUUGGCAAAACGCCUGAUGGCCAGGGCCUUUCUACUUACAAGGAGCUUUGUUCUCUGGCAAGUGAUCUUAGUCAGCCAGAUCUGGUGUAUAAAUUUAUGAAUUUAGCUAAUCAUCAUGCAAUGUGGAACUCUAGGAAGGGUGCUGCUUUUGGUUUUAAUGUCAUCGCUACCAGAGCCGGAGAACAACUGGCUCCUUUUCUGCCUCAGCUAGUUCCUCGACUUUAUCGUUAUCAGUUUGAUCCCAACCUUGGCAUUCGACAGGCCAUGACAAGUAUUUGGAACGCAUUGGUCACCGAUAAAUCCACGGUGGAUAAAUAUUUGAAGGAAAUUCUUGAAGAUUUGGUGAAAAACCUUACAAGUAAUAUGUGGCGAGUUCGAGAAUCCAGCUGUUUAGCUUUGAAUGAUUUAUUGAGAGGACGACCUUUAGAUGACAUCAUUGAUAAACUUCCAGAUAUUUGGGAAACACUUUUUAGAGUGCAAGAUGAUAUCAAGGAAUCUGUACGAAAAGCAGCAGAACUAGCUCUGAAAACUCUGAGCAAGGUUUGUGUGAAAAUGUGUGACCCUGCCAAAGGAGCAGCUGGCCAGAGAACCAUCGCUGUCCUUCUGCCUUGCCUUCUGGACAAAGGAAUGAUGAGUCCUGUGACGGAAGUUCGAGCCCUCAGUAUUAAUACCCUUGUGAAGAUCAGCAAAAGCGCAGGAGCCAUGUUGAAGCCACAUGCACCAAAACUCAUCCCAGCUCUGCUGGAGUCCUUAAGUGUUUUGGAGCCCCAAGUUCUCAAUUAUUUGAGCCUCCGGGCUACAGAGCAAGAAAAGGCUGCAAUGGAUAGUGCUCGACUCAGUGCUGCCAAAUCCUCUCCGAUGAUGGAAACGAUCAACAUGUGCCUGCAAUACCUUGAUGUGUCGGUGCUGGGUGAGCUGGUUCCGAGAUUGUGUGAGCUGAUCAGAAGUGGUGUGGGUCUUGGAACUAAGGGCGGCUGUGCCAGUGUCAUCGUGUCAUUAACUACUCAGUGUCCUCAGGACCUAACACCUUACUCAGGUAAACUUAUGAGUGCUUUGCUUAGUGGCCUGACGGAUCGAAACAGUGUGAUUCAGAAAUCCUGUGCAUUCGCCAUGGGCCAUUUAGUUCGGACAUCACGGGAUAGUAGCACUGAAAAGCUUCUGCAGAAGCUCACUGGCUGGUAUAUGGAGAAAGAAGAACCCAUCUAUAAGACCUCUUGUGCUUUGACUAUUCAUGCUAUUGGACGAUACAGCCCUGAUGUGUUAAAGAACCAUGCCAAAGAAGUCUUGCCUUUGGCAUUUUUAGGCAUGCAUGAAAUUGCUGAUGAGGAGAAGUCAGAGAAGGAAGAAUGCAACUUAUGGACUGAAGUGUGGCAGGAAAAUGUGCCUGGUUCCUUUGGUGGUAUUCGAUUAUAUAUGCAAGAGUUGAUUACCAUUUCCCAGAAGGCUUUGCAGUCUCAGUCCUGGAAAAUGAAAGCCCAGGGCGCCAUUGCUAUGGCAUCAAUCGCAAAACAGACCAGCUCUCUAGUCCCUCCAUAUCUGGGAAUGAUACUGACAGCAUUGCUGCAAGGGCUGGCUGGGAGAACAUGGGCAGGCAAGGAAGAACUAUUGAAAGCCAUUGCCUGUGCCGUGACAGCUUGCAGUGCAGAGCUGGAAAAGUCUGUGCCCAGUCAACCCAGCACAAAUGAGAUUCUUCAGGCUGUUCUGAAGGAGUGCUGCAAAGAGAAUCUCAAGUACAAGAUGACAGCAAUCAGCUGUGCAGCUGAUGUCUUGAAGGCCACCAAAGAAGACAGGUUCUCAGAGUUUUCUGACAUCGUUAUACCUCUCAUUAAGAAGAACUCACUUGAAAGCAUUGGGGUCCGGACAACCAAAAAUGAAGAUGAGAAUGAUAAGGAAAAGGAGCUCCAGCUGGAAUCUCUGCUGUGUGCCUUUGAAAGCCUGGGAAAAGCCUGGCCCCGAAACGUGGAGACUCAACGUUGUUAUCGUCAGGAGCUCUGCAAAUUGAUGUGUGAACGGCUGAAACUCAGCACAUGGAAAGUGCAGCUAGGAGUCCUGCAGUCAAUGAAUGCCUUUUUUCAGGGGUUAAUGCUUUUAGAAGAAGAACAUGCAGAUCCUGAGGCUUUGGCUGAAAUUCUCCUUGAAACUUGUAAAUCGAUCACAUAUUCUUUAGAAAAUAAGACCUACUCAUCUGUGAGAACAGAAGCUUUAUCUGUGAUAGAAUUGCUGCUUAAAAAACUUGAAGAAUCUAAACAGUGGGACUGUUUGACAUCUGAGUGCAGAAUACUCCUGAUUGAGUCUUUGGCUACUAUGGAGGCAGACAGCAGACCUGAGCUGCAGGAGAAAGCGUCAUUACUGAAGAAAACACUUGAAAAUCUGGAAUAAAUUAGGAGGGGAAGAAACAAACAAGUGCCAUGUUCACUGGGGGUUGAAAUGGUGGUGUUCUUUGAAAAACAAAGUGGGGAAAAGUAAAGAUUAAUCUGUAGCAUGCAUCAUUCCUUGGCUGAAAUAAAAAAAUAAAAAGCCUUAAA